CAGGCAGUACCCGAUUAUCAAGAGUGAAGCUCCCCAGCAAUGGCAGGGAAAAAAGUCCUGAUAGUCUAUGCACACCAAGAGCCCAAGUCCUUCAAUGGAUCUUUGCUGAAGAUUGCUGUGGAAGAGCUGACCAAGCAGGGCUGCAGCGUCACCGUGUCGGAUUUGUCCAUGCAGUUUGAGCCCAGAGCUACAAGGAAUGACAUUGUUGGUCACCUGCACAACUCAGAAGCCUUCAAUUAUGGUGUGGAAACCUGGGAAGCUUACAAGAGAGGAGCUUUGUCCAAAGACCUGGUUGAAGAGCAGAAGAAAGUGCAGGAAGCAGACCUGCUGAUUUUCCAGUUUCCCUUGUUUUGGUUCAACAUGCCUGCAAUCCUGAAGGGCUGGAUGGACAGAGUCUUGGUCCAAGGCUUUGCUUACGAUUUGUCAAAGGCUUAUGAUGGUGGUUUGCUCCAGGACAAAUUAUCCUUGUUUUCUUUCACUACGGGAGGAAGCAAAGAGAAGUAUGCAAUCAGGGGUGAUAUUCGCUAUCUCCUAUGGCCCAUGCAGCAUGGAAUCAUGCACUUCUGUGGUGUCAAAGUGCUUGAACCUCACAUCUGUUAUGCUCCAGAGAAUGUCUCUGAGGAGAAGAGGAAGGAGAUGCUGGCUGCCUGGAGCCAGCGCCUGAAGACUCUUUGGAAGGAAGAGCCCAUAGACUGCUCUCCUGAGUGGUAUUUCAAGUAAU